GUCCUUUGGGGAGCUGCCGUAGCUUCCCCUCGUGUAAAAUGAUGCUGGGUAGGCGGGAAGGAGCAUCGGACUGCAAUGAGCUGAUUGGAUACAAGGUGAUGCCAUCACACAUCGUCCCUCGCGUGACUCUCGGGAUAUAAAGGCAAGACCCCCUUCCAAACAAGCAGGUUCCUAGAUCACAGAUAAAUUCUCUUGCUUCGUCUUGAAUCAACAGUUUUACACACUGGAAAUCCUGCUAUCACAAUCCCCUUUUCUCUUACGCAAUAUUUCACUCAUACACAACCAUCCCCUCAUCUCAACUCAUCUGAGUCCUUGACAACCUACCUACCUACUCGGAGAUUCGACACCACCUCUUUCAAUUCCACGCCAGCUCACGCAUCCUAACUCGACCGCGUGUUAUCGAAUCGCCUGGUGCCGGUUCUGAAAUAUCUCCAUUGUUCAAAAGUGAGUUUCUCAAAUCCUUCGCAGCCUUCUCGUUUCUCGCCUACUCUGCCUGCUUCCCCCUUUCUCCGUAUAGCGACGUAUAUACACGGAGUACUUGGGCACCCCGCACCUGGCGUAGCUUAGGUAGACUCCAGAGGCAUGCUCAUGUUCACUGGCGAGUGCCGUUGGUGACGUUUGGCCCGUCCAAUCCGUUUAAAAGCAGAUGAGCUCCCCUUCCAAUGCUCGCGUACCUCAACCCCUCCUUCCAUCAUUCAUCAUCCCGAUCAUCAUUUUACAUCUUUCAUCUCGCCAUACCAUCACAAUUUCAUCUCUUCUUCAUAUCGCCUUCACAUAAAAUCCAAAAUGACCCGAUCUCACAAGGCCAACGACCGUGACCACAAGGGUAUUGCCGAGGGAACCGCGCUCCCCACGGAAACUGUCCCUCGUUUCUUUGGUAAGAACGGUUUUGCCGAUGUCGACCCAAAGAAGGUGAAGAAAGACGGCUCUGGUCGAGGCAACUGGGGAACCGUCAACGACGACAUCGCUGACGAACAAUUCACCUUCACAAACACCAGACGCCGCUCCAACAGCAGCAGCUUCUCUCACCACGUGAGCGACCUCAAGACCAAGUUUGAGGUCAACGAGCCCGAGCCGGUCUUCGAGGAGUCACUUCAUGGCCCUGAGGAAGAAGACCAGGAGGAUCUCUCGAAGACCGACUCUUCCGAGAGCGGUCGGUCCUCAUCCUAAUCAGAUUAUCGAGUCCUUACCAAGAGAUUGGUAGUCACUGCUUGCUGUCAUAUAUACGAUGGCAGGGGCAUCUUUGAGGGUUCACAUGUAUUGGAAUUGCGACGCGAGCUUGAUCUUUGCUUUACAACUACGAAACGACACGAGACUAAACGAAUGAAAUAACAGAAACCAAACUGCCUUGUGGUGGGGUCACCGGAUGAAAUGUCUUGGGGAAUAUGGGAAGGGAUAUCGGCGGAAUUGUUGAAACCCUCGUGACUUACUCAGAUCUCUACGUGGAUCAUGCAUGGCUUGAUGACCGCCUGCGAAGGUAGUCUUUCCAGCGGAACGAUGUAUUACUGUAUAACUAUCCUAACUUUCGCACCGAAGCGAACAACAAGGCUGCUUGUGGCCGAAAUUAGGCACAGCUAAUAUUACCAGAUGCCUUUUCAAUUUGAACAGCUUAAGUGACGGGAAGGAGCCUUACCACGCGUUCAACUCCUACAUAAAAUAAUAUUAAAUUACCAAGCUCUUAUUCGAUUAACGAGCACUCAAAUCCUCAACUUGAUUGUGCAGUGUCGGUCACCACUCUGUUCAUCGAUUAUCAGGUUUGUAGUAAUGCCAUGAAAGCAAAAC